AUGGCCCCUAGCUCUCCUGAUGCAGGGCCUUUUUGCACAGGAUCUGAUGAAGGUGCCCAGGGCCCAGAGGAGGAAAGUGUAGGUGCCUCCCAGGCAGCCCCGGCCACUCAGAUCACUCGCAAAGAUCCUCCGACUCCGAAGGCCAGCAUGCUGGUGGGGUUCCUGCUGGACAAGUACCCCAAGCAGCAGCCCCUUACACAGAACACCCUGCUGAAGGUCGUCAGCAGGAAGUACAGGCAGCACUUCCCCAAGAUCCUCAGGAGAGCCUCUGAGCGUGUGGAGCUGGUGUUUGGCCUGGAGCUGGUGGAUGUCGACCGUAGCACGAAGAUCUACGCCCUCAUCAGCAAGCUCAACCUCAGGGGCGAUGAAGGUCCAAGAAGAGUAACCACGCAACUGGGGAGGGGAUCUGGGAAUUACUGUGUGUUGGAGGUCUAUGCUGGGUGGAGGCACUGGAUCUUUGGGGAGACCAGAAGGCUCAUCACCAAAGAUCUGGUGCAGAGGAAGUACCUGAAGUACCGACCAGUGCCCAAUAGUGAUUCUCCAUGCUACGAGUUCCUGUGGGGCCCGAGAGCUUGUGUUGAGACCAGAAAGAUGCAGGUGUUGGAGGUGCUGGCCAAGAUCCUCCAUAUGGUCCCUAGUUCCUUCCUAGACUUCUAUGACGAGGCUCUGAGAGAUCCGGCGGAGAGAGCAGGGCUGAGAGGCGCGGCCAGGGCUCCAAGGAUGGCUGAAGCCAGUGCCCCUUCCAGGGCAUAG